GAACUGAAUAAGUUUCUGGAGUGGGGCGUCCGUGAAAUUUCGCUUUACUAAUGUAUUCAAAAUCUAAUUAACUACACAGUGUUAAACCCAUUACAAUCAAUUUUCGAUACAUUCUUCCAAUGAGAUUUCACUGAUACCGUAAUCGACAACAAUGGAAACUGGAUCGAGUACGCCCGCGGGAAGUGAAGAAAACUUCGAGGACUUCUCCGACGGAACUGUUGACUAUCAGGAAGUCGAGGAGGAGGAGAACAAACACAGUAUUAUCCAGGAAAUUAGAAAUGAAUUAUCCCCAGAAGGUGCAUCGUCAAGCAAUGGCUUCAAGAAAUCUGAAUCGUUUGCCAGUGUCAGAAGUAAGGACUUCUGCGAAUCCAUGGAGGAUUUGGAUGUUUCGCCGGACGAUUACUUUCACGACAAGGAAUGGAUCCAAAAGCGGAAACAUAUCUUUAUCCUGAGCUCGGCCGGCAAACCCAUUUACUCCUUGCACGAGAACGAGGGAAAAUUAGCAACACUCUGUGGCACGUUGCAAGCUUUGGUCAGUUUCGUCCAAGCAAACAAUGACACUAUCACGUCGAUUGUUGCUGACGGAAUCAAAUUUGUUUUUCUGAUAAGGAGCUCAUUGAUUUUGGUGGCGGCGACUAGAGAUAAUAUAGCAGUACAGCAAUUGCAAAUGCAGCUCAACGACGUUUAUAAUCAAAUACUGUCCACGCUGCCCCAUAUGACGAAAAUUUUCGAGAAGCGACAGAACUACGACUUAAGAAAACAAUUGGCGGGAACCGAGAGACUUAUUGAUCAUUUGCUAGUCAAUGAUACAAGCAAUAAGAAAAUUACAAACAAUGUCUUCACCACCCUAACAAACACAGUUCAAGUGCUACCACUGAGCACGGCAAUGCGGAAUAAUGUAACUUCUGCCAUUCAAAAUAAUUGCUCAAAGAUUCGAGAUUUGGUUUUUGCUGUCCUGAUUGCCAACAAUAAACUGAUAGUUCUAGUACGAAUGAAAAAGUAUUCAAUUCACCCGGCAGAUCUUAGAUUAAUAUUCAACCUAAUUGAAUGUUCGGAAAGUUUCAAAACGGCUGAAAGUUGGACUCCAAUUUGUCUUCCAAAGUUCGACAUGAAUGGGUAUUUAUAUGCUCACGUCUCAUACCUAGCAGACGAUUGUCAAGCUUGUCUUCUCCUCCUAUCUGUUGAUCCCAAUGUUUUCUUCACGCUCUCCGAUGCCAAAAAGAAAAUCACCGAGAAACUACGACGAUCCCAUUGUCUAGAAGCAAUAAACGAGGAGAUGAACAACCGCGGCGUUAAUCUUCGAACAAUUGGAAUUCCAGAAAUGCGACACUUUCUCUACAAGUGCAAAGUGAGUGCCCAGCUACUAUGUGCCGAAUUAACACAUCCAUAUUCAAGCCCCAGUGAGUUUGAUCGGUUGUAUUCAAUCUAUUGCGAUAUGUAUCAUAGGAUUCAUAACAACCUCCGGCCUCUGAAACUGAUCUAUCACGUUGGCGAAAAAGAGUUAGUGUUAGCUUGGGUUGCGCAAGCUUAUGAGCUUUACGCCGUUUUCGAACCGACGAUAGAUAAAAAUUUGGUAAUAAAGCUUGUGAAUAAACUGGUGCGAUGGGUGGAGAAAGAGCAAGACAUUCUGUUUAUUAAAAACCACCCAAAUUUCUAGUGUAUAUAUAUUUAGUGACGGAGAAUUUUAUCUGUAUUGCAUGUAAUCAUACGCUUUUAGGCCAUAAGAACAAGAGCACUGUAAUUUUAUUUUAACACUAGUUAUGUGAUGAUGAUUAUUAUUGCAACUCAUGAUGAGUUGACGGUUAUAGAGCAAUUUGUACGUAUGACGAUAAAGUAAUAAAAGGAAUAUAUAUAU